AUCCAUGCGCAUCCACACACUUUUUACUUGGGAAAUACAGGACAGGAGCAAGGGGAUUGUGCUUUAAAAAAACAUGGAUUCAAUCUUGUUUUUCCGCCUGUGCUGCUGAGCUCUACUUUUUUCCCUUUUCCUUUCCACCUCCAGGUCUUCCUCGGAGCUGUUUUUGAGCACAUUUUUGGCUUCGACUGGUGUCUCGAUUGCGCUGAUUGAAAACUGGAUGUUUAUCACUGACUCUUGGCGUCAAGUAGCCCCAAUGACUGAGCUCGGGUGCAGCCACAGACGGGGCUGCCCACUCGGCAAGACCCGCGGCUAAAGUUUGCAGGGGUGCCCUUCUCCCUUAAAUCUCCGGAUUGGCAAUUUUUUCCCUGGAUAUCUGUCUGCAAAACUGCUUGGAUUUACACCGCUUCUAUACAUUGAGCCCCGUCUAAACCAUGAAGACCAUUAUUACUGAUGGAGGGCGGCUCCUGGUUCUGAUCAUGUGGUUGAACUUUGCACCUCAAGCUGAUGGCUGCCCUGCCAAGUGUGUAUGCUACAGUGAACCGCGGCCCACCGUGGCCUGCCAACAACAAGGACUCUUUUCAAUUCCUACUGAGAUCCCAGUGCGGAGCCAGCGAAUAUUCCUCCAGAGCAACAAACUGACAGUCGUGAGGUCUACAAGCUUCAGUUCAUGCCAAAAUCUCACCGUCCUUUGGCUCUACUCGAACAACAUAAGCUACAUCGAGGCCGGCGCCUUCUACGGCUUGGAAAAACUGGAAGAACUGGAUAUUGGGGACAACAGCAACCUGCGCACAAUCAGCCCGACAGCCUUCCGAGGUUUAACGAAGCUGCACACGCUCCACCUGCACAGGUGCGGCCUGUCAGAGCUGCCAGUUGGGGUUUUCCGAGGAAUGUUCUCCCUACAGUACCUUUACUUGCAGGAUAAUAACAUUCUAACCCUGCAUGACGACACUUUUCUGGACCUUGCCAACCUCACCUAUCUCUACCUGCACAAUAACAAGAUCAAAAUCGUGACGGACAACAUGUUUCGUGGUUUAAUCAAUUUGGACCGCCUGCUGCUACACCAGAACCGCGUCAUUUAUGUCCAACCAAGGGCUUUUAGUGAUCUGGCUAAGCUUAAAUCUCUCUUUUUAUUUUUUAACAACCUCACCGUCUUGACAGGGGAAACUAUGGACCCGCUCACAACCCUCCAAUAUUUGCGCUUAAAUGGCAACCAAUGGAUUUGUGACUGCCGGGCGAGGACCUUGUGGGAAUGGUUCAAGCGUUUCAAGGGUUCUAGCUCGGAGUUAGAGUGCAAUGUUCCUGAAUUCUUGGCAGGAAAGGAUCUGAAACGACUAAAGAGCGAAGACAUGGAAGGAUGCGUGGAAACUCCUCAAAUCCAGACCAAUCUCUUCAGUUCCAAGGCCCCGUCUGGAAAGUUCCCUUCUACCGAGAAUCCCCCAGGGGACACAAUUCCGAGGUGCUGUCUUGGAGACAACGAUAAAUCCUCUAUCCUGUCAGGCAAGAGUCGCCAAAUCACUAACAAUCCCCUGAAGGAAAAAGAGAACAUGUCCAAGACAAAACACAAGGAUCAAGAAAGAAUGAAAAAUGAGACCCAGAACAAGCAGAAUGACGGACCACUUGGAACCUUAUCCAACACCCUGGACAAGUCUAUGGAAAGUAUAAACCCUGACCUUAUAGACAGUCUAGAAUCCUCUACAGCCUCAAACAAAAAGAAAAAGAAGUGCUCCAAAAAGCCAAGAUCAGACGCCCACUGCAUCAAAGGCAGCAGCCCUAGAUUGCAAGCUCUGCACUUUCUCCUCAUUCCCACCAUCUGGAUCUCCCUAGCCAUGUCUUAGGACUCCUGAUAUAGUUCUUGAUGCAGGACUCAAGAUUGCGGAUGCUCAUGACAAUGAUAAGAGAUGAUGCAGUGGCGUCUACGACAGACAGUGACUGGCCAGUGAGUUGCUGCGACAACAACAAUGGGGACGAUGAUAAGAGUACAUUUAACAAAAUGGAUGCCUUUACAGAACACUACAGAUCUGAUGUAUAUAAUGAAUCGGUGCCCAGAAUUGUUUGUUCUUUAUGUACUGAACUGUACUGUGUCUAAGCUGCCCCCCC